AUAUGCCGUGAUGCCUUCUGCUGCUUCUGCCUUCGCUCCUCAGACAUGGCCGCUGUGACGAAAGUUCGGCUCGGUGGUUUCUCCCAAAAACUAUUGAAAUCGUUUGUAACGAAACCCCCUUUGUUCAGAAACCAUCCGAAACUAUGUUUUCACCAUUCCGCCAUCCUUCAGGUGGCAGGGCAGGAGAUCAAGAUGCCUUCCCUGUCGCCCACCAUGACAGAGGGCACGAUCGUCAAGUGGUUGAAGAAGGAGGGUGAUGCUGUCGCACCAGGAGAUGUCCUGUGUGAAAUUCAGACCGACAAAGCCGUCAUGUCCUUUGAGGUGGAGGAGGAAGGGAUUCUUGCUAAGAUUCUUCUGCCAGAUGACUCAAAGGACGUGAAAGUCGGUUCUCUCAUUGCGCUGAUGGUAUCAGAGGGAGAGGACUGGCAAAGCGUAGAGCUGCCUUCAGGUGGAGGGACAGCCCCUGCUACCCCUUCAGCUCCAGCAGCUAGCAGCCCAGCUGCACCUUCUGUACCAGCUGGCGGAAGUGUCCCAGGUACUGCCAUCAACAUGCCCUCCUUGUCUCCAACCAUGACUGAGGGUACAAUUGUAAAGUGGCUCAAGAAAGAAGGUGACGCAGUGGCUCCUGGUGAUGUUCUUUGUGAAAUCCAGACCGACAAGGCUGUCAUGUCAUUUGAGGUGGAAGAGGAGGGUAUUUUGGCAAAAAUUCUUAUGCCUGAUGAUAGUAAUGUCAAAGUAGGGACUUUAAUUGCUGUGAUGGUGGGGGAAGGAGAGGAUUGGAAAGAUGUUGCAAUUCCCUCUGGUGGAGCAGCGCCUGCAGCUGCAGCAGCCCCGACUCCCUCCGCAGGCCCCAAAGCCUCGUCAACUCCAGCCGGUGUCCAUGCCCACUCAGACUUGAAAAUGGGACCUGCAGUACGCACCUUAUUAGAAGCUUAUCAAAUGAGUCCUACCGAAGUGCCCGGUACGGGACCUCAUGGCCUCCUCACUAAGGGGGAUGUCCUCCAAGUUAUCAAGCAGAAAGGUCUAACAGCAAAGGCUCCAAAGCCAGUUCCUCCUCCUGCAAGUGCUAAAUCACCCUCGGGGCCUGCAACUCAGGCUGCAAAAUCCUCUGCUAAAGCAGCAAGCCUGAAGCCUACUGAAGGUUUCACAGACAUUGAAUUGACUAGUAUGAGGAAGACCAUUGCAAAACGGUUAACUGAAUCCAAGACGCAAAUUCCUCAUUCAUACGGACUUGUUGAGUGCCAGGUUGAUAAAGUAAUAGCAUUGAGGAAGCAACUUAAGUCUGAAAAUAUUAAUGUGUCUAUAAAUGAUUUUGUAAUUAAGGCUGUGGCUGUAGCUCUUCAGCAAGUCCCUGAAAUCAAUGCCCUUUUCUCCAAUGACAAGCUUUCAGUUUCCAAUGUUGUUGAUAUAUCAGUGGCUGUGGCAACACCUAAUGGUCUGAUAACUCCUAUCAUUAAGGAUGCUGAUCGCCUAGGACUUGUUCAAAUAUCUCAGAAAAUGAAAGAGCUAGCAGGCAAAGCAAAAGAAGGCAAACUCCAACCCCAAGAGUUCAUGGGUGGUACAUUUACAAUCUCCAACUUAGGGAUGUUCGGAAUAAGUGAAUUCAGUGCUAUAAUUAAUCCACCACAAGUCGCUAUCCUGGCUGUUGGUGGUGGUCGUCCAGAACUUGAUGAAGAAGGCAAGCUACGAACCAUGAUGACAGGAACACUUUCAUAUGAUCGACGGGCUGUCGAUGAAGUGCAAGUAGCAAACUUCCUCGAGGUUAUUAAGAGGAAUUUGGAAAACCCCAAUAUGAUGAUUGUUGGAGGCAUGCCUGCAAGUGAAGACGCAGAAGAACGACAGGCAUUGGGCUUGUAACUUUUGACUCCAGCUGCUGGGCAAAGAUAAAUUACUGCUCUUUGCAUUGGUGGGUUUAGCCAUCUUCCAACUGGAUUUAAUGCAUGUGGACUGUUCUGAAUAGUUCACAGAUUACCUUAGUCCACUUAUUGUUCAAAUUCUUGAUGAGGCUACUUAAGUACAAAGUAUACAGCCAGAUGUUCAUAGAAUUUCUAUUUAUAUUGUGGUUUGAGAAGUACACUUCCUGAGUAAAUGUCGAGAGUACAUAAUUUGAUUACAGGAGUGCUCCUAAUGUAAUCCUCUCAUUUUUCAAGUUGUUUUACCUUUGGGUACUCGUCACUGCCAAAGUUGGGAAUGUUCUGAAAGUACCUUGCAAAAAACAAGCCAGGAGGUCACAAGACAAUAGUUAGUGGGUUGGGUUUGCUGGAUUGAAUAUUUUUAGAUUUUAUUUUCUUGCAAAAGAACAAUUGUUAAUGAUAUUUACUGUUAUACUCAUCUGUUAGAAUUUUUUGGGUUCCUUUUGAGAAAUUUUAUUUUUUAUGUUGUGUCAAGCAACGGUAAUUUUCCCAGUGUAUGAAUGGCUAGUUUAUGCUUUUUUUAUGUUUCAAAGAUACAUUGUCAUUGCUUGAACUUGUGGUAACUUGUGGUACCUACAUGAAAGCCAUGAAUUUUAGAAUGAUUAUUCACCAAUUUUCAAACUUGUGUUUGUAAGUUGAUUAAGCGUAAUAUCUAGUCAAUAAACUUGUUUUGAUGGAAUGGAAA